UUAACUUUUUGUCUUCUCCAUUUCUCCUCGAAAAAAAACCCAAAUUCGCCAUUAACAAAAACUCACAGUUCUACAGUUUACACUGUAUCGGCGAUUCCAUAAUCCUCAAGUGGAAUCCAUAUCAAUGAUUUCAACUGGUUUUCUGUAAUCGCAUAUUAUUCAGGAAAAGUUAACAAAAUUAGAUUUUGGUUGAGGUUGGUCAAAGGCAUUGCUCCCUGAAUGAUAGGCUAGGGAUUUCAAAUGGGUUGGCUAUGAGCUAUUAAGAGAGCAAGUUAAAAACGGACAGAAUCAGAGUAGAAUGGAAGCUAAGAAUGCAUACACACUUCCCUUUUAUGAUACUUUUAACAUUGAGAGUCCUUCAAAUGGAGUGGACAACCUUGAUUUUCCUACAAUGAUCUUGGAUGUCCCUGAUUGUGUUGAAAAUGAGGUCAGUCAUAUUGCAAAUGAAUGUGAGGAAGAGGUUGUCCUUGACAGUGAUGAUGAAAGAAUGCAUGGUACUGAAGUCGCAAGUGUCUCAAAGUUGAGAUCCUCUGAUGAUACAAGGUAUAAACAGCAGCUGGGUGAGUGGAAACUCUCACCGGUUCCUAAACAAACCUAUGUGGGAUGUCUACGGAGGUCAAAGAAUCUAUUUAAGUUUUUGGAUUCAGCCAGAAGCACCUCAGAUUUUGAGAAAACUGAUCAACAGAAACAGUGUUCUGAGAUUAAUGGCAGACUAUCUCUACAAAUAGAUAAGAGCAGUGUUAAUGCAAAACCAAGAGUUGAAGAGGAUUGGUGUCAGGCUGGUGAAUUAACCAAUGAAGAAAUCUACAAGGGAAAUUUGGAAACGGAAGGCUCAACUGUUUAUGGUGUGAAUGGAGAUAAAGAUUUUCCACUUCAUUCUUGUAAAAUAGAACUACCCAAGUUAAACAAAACUGAAUCUCAAGUAUCUGGAGAGCUGUCAGAAGCUAAUGCUCUGGACUUUGUUGACCACUACCUAUCAGUUUACAAUGAGGAUGCACUCAAUGAAGUCAAAGAUAGAGGAGUGAAUAAGAUUGUAUCACCUCCAUUUUUCAGCCGUGUGGGAUCGCAAAAAUUGGCAAGCAGAAUGAACGUUCAAAAUGCAGUAAAAAACUCUGGAGUUUUUGACUGGCCUGAGAGGCAAAGUGAUAGUGCAAAUGGUUCUUUUUCAAGACACCGAAAGAUAUUGACCUAUCACAGAAAGAAUUACGGACUGAAGAAACAAAAAGUAUCUUGUAUUCAAUCCAGUAAGGAACCAAUGGAAAGUAGGACAGAUUUAAAUAAGGCGGAACCAAAGUUUCUCCCGGAAGCUCACAUGAAUGUUGAGUCCAACUUCCUGAGGAAGUCGGAUGAGCAAUUUGAUAUGGGUACAUUUGAGCAACAAGUUGAUUAUGACGGAAAUCGAUCAGAUGGAUUAGACACAUACGAUGUUGGCCUUGAUACUCAACUGGCUGCUGAAGCUAUGGAAACUCUACUACACGCUCCUCCUUUGAAAAGUGAUCUGCUUUUGGCCCCUCCUAUUCCAAAAACCAGCCUAGUUAAAGAAAGGAAAUAUCCUGAGAUCGCUAUCUCAAGAGAGUUUAACAUUGGUGAUAGUUCACCAGAACCUACUUUAUGUAGCUCAACUGAAGUAGAGUUGUCUUCUGUUGUUCAUAGAACUAGGCAUCAAGCAUCUUUAAACUUGAGGAGGUUGGAGAACCCAGCAACCAAUUCCAUCAGAGAGUCUAAUUUUCCAAAGAAAAGAAGGAAGCAACAUGAGCUUGAAGAGUUAAAUGACAAUUUGUUCAAAGUGGCUACUGUAAGAGGGAAAGUUUCCAAAUCAAGUACUAACACAUCAAGGAAAUCUAGAAAAGUUAGCAUGAAUAAUCGAGGAGAAAUUUGCCUUAGUGUAGCAGCCACAUUGAGUCAAGUGAAAUUGGAAAAUUGGGUCUCUAAGGGGAAAAGGACACAUAAAGGGGUGCGACGGAUUUCAAAUGGAUCAAGCAAUCUCUAUCCUCUACUGAUGCCUGCUGAUCAGGGAAAUGACUUUAAGUUUCCAGUUUUGAAUCAUAAGGCAGAGAGAAAAUGCCAACCUGUGGAAUUUAAAAGUCAGAAUCAGUCUUUACAAAAGACCCAGUCAGGACUCUUGUCAAUUCAGACCGCAAGUACUAAUGUUUUGACAAAAGAGAUGAAAUCUGACGUACUUUUAAAUGGAAUCUCAGAUCCAUCAUACUGUCUUAAUGAUCAUAAGAAAGGCAAGCAACACAUGAGAAGUCUCUCCAGAUCACCCCUUUCUCAAGAGCUUAUUAGAUUAGGUUAUGCAGAGCAAUUACCUGAUUUUCUGCCUAGAGGUUCACGACGACGAAAAGGUGCAGGCGACAUUUGUGUCUUGUUCAGCCAGGGCUUGGAUAGCAAAUUAAUCAAGCAGCAGAAAAAGAUUUUGGCAAGACUCGGAUUUAUUUCCACAUCAAAUUGUUCUGAUGCCACACACUUCGUCACUGACAGCUUUGUUAGAACAAAGAAUAUGCUAGAAGCCAUUGCCUGUGGAAAACCAAUUGUAACACAUUUGUGGCUUGAGAGCUGUGGAAGAGCAAGCUGUUUUGUUGAUGAGAAAAGUUAUAUCUUAAGAGAUGCCAAAAAGGAAAAGGAACUCGGUUUUAGUAUGCCUGUUUCACUUGCUCAUGCUAGAAAGCAUCCCCUUCUAGAGGGUCAAAGAGUCAUUAUUACUCCAAAUGCAAAACCUAAUAGAGAUACCCUUCUAACCUUGGUCAAGGCAGUGCGUGGUGAGGUGGUGGACGAAUGUAAUAGUAAAAUCACUAGUGAUGAUCUAUUAAUUCUUUCCUGUGAAGAAGAUUACAAAGCAUGCAUUCCAUAUCUGGAAAAAGGAACUCUUGUUUAUAGUUCGGAGCUCUUGCUUAAUGGGAUUGUUAUCCAGAAACUGGAGUACAAUAGGCAUCAGCUUUUCACAAAGUUUCAUGACGAAAACUGUAAAGAAUGAAAAUCUCUCCAGCUUUUUCACGAAGAAAGCUUCGUGCCCAACUGCUUGUGGAUCGGUUUAAAAUUGCUACUAGUCCAAGUAACAGAUGAUGAUAUCAUUGUGUUACUAGAUACUCGAAAGUUUAGCUGGACAGAGGUAUUGUAUCAUAUUGGUAUAGUAACUAAUUUUUCAUAGUUUGUCCAGAAAAGGUUCUGUUAUCUAUUCCCAUGUAAAUUCACUUCGUUUGCUAAUUUUUGAACAAAUAUAAAUUCUCAAUUUUCUUUUUU